AUGACAAGCCGCCGUGUCGUCAACGUGGCAGCGGGUGCUACGAGGAAUCGGCAGCACUAUUUGAAACUUCUUAGGGAUUGCGCGCGGGAGCUUCCCCAGGCGCGGAUGUCCACGUCCGAGGGUGCAACCGUUACGAGGGUGGAAGAGGGAAGUAAGUUGCUUGCCACUCCAAGGGCCAAAUUCCUUGAGGCCAACUUGAGCCUUCCCGAGGGGUGGGUCGAAAGUUCAACGACGAGCCUGCAAAAGUCACUGGAGGGGGUUGUUCCAAGGGAGAAAAUAGUUGAAAACGACCUUUUCCGCUGUGCACUUAUACAUCCCAGUUACGUCCGUUCACGUUCGGUGCGUGCUGCCGUGGCCAUGCCUAUUGAACUCACCUUAACUGGCUCAUCCACACUUCGCUUACUAAAGCAGGUGGCUGAUGCACACAACUUGAAGGGUUAUUUGGGGUCAGAAGAGAUUGCAAACGUUCCUCGAAAACUUGGUGUGAUCGAUUUGGUUUUGUUCGAUGGGACGAUGUUUGAGGGAGCCGGUUGGAAGGAGCGAGGGGAGCCCCCAGAGGAGGUGUGCAUGGCCGCAGCGACGGCCCUUUGCGGCGUAGUGACGCUAUCGGAAGGUGCUCAUUCUGCAGCCGUGCUACUGGACCGGAUUCGAGGACUAAAUCCCCUCUAA